CUCCCUUUUUCUCUUCCGUCUAUCUAUUAUCUUACGUACUCAAAUAAAUCAUUUCUUUUCCUCCGUUCUCCUUUCGUUGAAAAUCGACUUAUAAAUUUUAGUGUCAAUUGUCAUUGUCUGCGCAUGUGUAAAAUCGUUACUUUAAAAUGUAAUUAUAAUCUAUAACAAUUUGUUUAUACAGUACAUUGUACACGAUUCUUAAGUGGGUUUUUUCUUCUAACAAUAUGACAAAGGAUAAGCGAUAGAUUAUUCAACUGGUUCAAUAAUACGUGGCCGCAGAUUAAACAUCGGCUUAUUCCGUGCAAACAUUUCGCGGCAUUAUAAGACUAUUAAUUAUUCAUCGUUGAAUCCUAGUGUCUCAAUUCGACACCAGAUCGUGUCAGCUUCGAGCUAGAGAGGUUCUCAAAUCUGGCAUAAUGAACCUCAACAAUUAGUGUUUAUCAUACUUUGAAAAUAAACGACGGAAUCCGAAUUCCGUUUUAACUGCCGAGGUGCAUUGUACUGUUGGAAAAAGUUGGGUACAACUUGUGACGCGAUCUGAAUCGAAAUACAACCUGUUUCCAAGUGUUGAAAAUAUCCCGUACACUCGAAACGAAUUGUUAUCGAUGAAACUGAAGGCGAGACAGAGAAUUGACACGUUUACUUUUCACGUAAAUGUGUGUAUAAAUGCGCUCGCAUACAGCUGCAUGCCAGGAGAUAGCCAGAGCAGAGCUUAUCACAAUAUUCGAAGCGAAAUGAUCCAGAGUGUCGAGAGUGUGGACAGAUUUCUAACCUAAAAUACAGAACCGGGUUGAUAAAUCGCGGAGGGAAAUAAAUCGGGAAACGAAAAUUGGGAAAAUGACCAGCCAGAGAACGAUCAGAAGAGACUCGGACGUUCCUCUUUCGAACCUCGGUCAAAAAGAGUUACUUUUCAAGUUUCUGAUCAUCGGUGAUUACGGCGUUGGUAAAACAGCCAUCGUCCGGAGAUAUACCGAAGGGAAAUUCUCAUCGAAUUACAAGAUUACCAUAGGCGCUGAUUUUGCGAUAAAAACUCUCGACUGGGAUCCCCAUACAAAAAUAAAUCUGCAAUUAUGGGACAUUGCGGGACACGAGAGAUUUGGUUACAUGACGAGAGUUUACUACAAAUACGCGCUUGCCGCUGCUCUGGUAUUCGAUAUCUCGAGGAUAGCGACUUUUCAAUCUGUCAAGAAAUGGCUCGUCGAUUUACGCGAAAAAAUCACCCUCCCAGAUGGAUCCAACAUACCCGUCGUACUGCUCGCGAAUAAAUGCGACAUUGAGCAUUCCGCAAUUCCCAACGAGCAGAUCGUCAAGUUUUGCAAAGAAAACUCCAUCGGUUCCUGGUACAUUACAUCGGCUAAGGAAAACGUUAAUAUCGACGAAGCGAUCCGAUACCUGGUGGAAAAUGUUAUAAAGACCAGAGUAGAGGACCAGAUACGCGACUCCAUAAAACUUCGAGACGGACCGGUGUUUCAGGAGAAAAAUACGUGUUGUAAAAUCUGAUGAACAAACGCUUCCGUGAAUUUCAGAUAUCUAUUUCGCAUACGUAUUUAGCUACAAUAUUCAACAUGAUUGCCAAAAUUACGUCAUUAACCCGAAAUUGACGCGAUAUAUCGUUUCACGAGAUGCGUAAUUAUGACGUAUAUAUAUACAUAAUAUUAUCUCAUAUCGAUUUAUGUACGUACAUGAUGUUAAUUGUUAUACAGGUUUGUUCAGCAGAUGUAUAAUAACACCUAUUGAACGAUUCUACGAAUACGGGUUACCGAUCUUGCAUUGAAAAUUAUGGAAAAAAUCAUAUUGCAUGUACGUGAAUUAGUGAUAGGCGCAUGUAUAAUCGUGUGUGUGUAUAUAUAUUUGGUUUUUUACAGACAUUUUAAUAAUUGUACAUAAAAAUAUGUGGUAAUAUUGAUAUGAAUUUCCGUGCAUAUAUGUAUAUAUAUAUAUAUAUACAUCUUUGUUUCGAAUCAUAUAAAAUAUAGUCUUUGAUUUUAUCAUUCGUACAUCGACUGAUCUUUAAUACAAUACUUUAAUUACCUGCAUAUACCUAUAACAGCGAUAUAUUUACAAGGGUGCGUAUGUGUAUAUACAUAUAUAUGUUUUUCUUGUUUUGUAUCGUUAUCAUCUUUGGUUAUAAUAAAUUGUUACAUGAUCCCGCUCGGCAUAUGAUAUUUUUCUAUAAUAUUAUUUUAGUAAAAAUAUGAUAUGUCUGCAAGGAAUAUUUAUAUGUAUGUAUGCGUGGUACGUAACAUAUUAUAUAUACAUACGUUAUUCCUAUACAUGCUACGAUUAGGCUUCGGUCAAGUAUAGAGCUUAUUUUUAUUAUAAAUAAAAAUGCCUAAAUACAUAUGUAUAGGUAUGUACGCGUAUGGAUACACUCGAAUUUUGCUUUAGUAUUGAUAUAAAACUACGGUUUAAAUAUACAAUAAACUUAACACGGGUUUUAAUAUAAAUUUUUUAAUUAUACUUGAUCGUUUUCUGACUCGAGGAACGCGCGAUUCUUAAUCAGUCUAUUAACGAUUCUUGGUAUAAUUAACGAGAUUCUUGUAUAAGCGCGAUUACUGCGUUUCAUUUAAAUCG